UUUUGGCAUAGAAAAGUUGGUUAGAGGCUGCGCACUAAACAUUGAUUCUUACAGGAAAAUCAAACUAGGAUUGCGGUUCCUUCAGUUUUACCCGGCGGCGGCUAACCUGAAAACUCUUCUCCGAUCGCGCGCGGCGUAUAGUUGAUUCCGGCAAUGGCGAUGCUCAUAGCCAGCCGUAGACUAUCGAGUAGAUCGACCACGACGUCGUGCUUAGCGGCGAGCUUCAGAUGGUACUCUACAUCCUUCAGAGAAGAAAGAGACACUUUCGGCCCCAUUCAAGUGCCCUCGGACAAAUUAUGGGGUGCUCAAACUCAAAGAUCACUGCAGAACUUUGAAAUUGGAGGCGAGCGGGAAAGAAUGCCUGAGCCAAUUAUACGUGCAUUCGGGAUUCUUAAGAAAUGUGCAGCAAAGGUAAACAUGGAAUAUGGCCUUGAUCCCUCCAUAGGAAAAGCAAUUAUGCAAGCUGCCCAAGAAGUAGCUGAGGGAAAAUUAAAUGAUCAUUUCCCAUUGGUUGUUUGGCAAACUGGCAGUGGUACUCAGAGUAACAUGAAUGCCAAUGAGGUUAUCGCAAAUAGGGCGGCUGAGAUUCUUGGCCACAAGCGUGGUGAAAAGUUUGUUCAUCCAAAUGACCACGUAAACAGAUCACAAUCUUCUAACGACACAUUUCCAACUGUAAUGCACAUUGCAGCUGCAGUGGAGAUGAAUUCAGGGUUAAUACCAAAAUUGAAACAGCUACACACAACGCUACAUGCAAAGUCUGUCGAAUUCAAGGACAUCGUUAAAAUUGGUCGCACACACACACAAGACGCUACUCCGUUGACGCUUGGACAAGAGUUUAGUGGGUACACUACACAAGUGAAAUAUGGAAUUGAUCGAGUCUUAUGCACCCUCCCUCGCAUGUAUCAGCUUGCACAGGGGGGCACUGCUGUAGGAACUGGUUUGAAUACAAAGAAAGGGUUUGAUGUAAAAAUUGCUGCUGCUGUAGCUGAGGAAACAAAGUUGCCAUUUGUGACUGCUGAAAACAAAUUUGAAGCACUGGCUGCGCAUGAUGCUUUUGUUGAAACAAGUGGUGCCUUAAACACAGUUGCUGCUUCUCUCAUGAAGGUAGCAAAUGAUAUACGUUUCUUAGGAAGUGGUCCACGUUGUGGUCUAGGAGAACUUAUACUUCCUGAAAAUGAACCUGGCAGCAGUAUUAUGCCGGGGAAGGUGAACCCUACGCAGUGUGAGGCACUCACAAUGGUUUGCGCUCAGGUUAUGGGCAAUCAUGUGGCAAUCACAGUGGGAGGAUCUAAUGGCCAUUUUGAGCUUAAUGUAUUUAAGCCUGUCAUUGCCAGUAAUCUCUUACAAUCAUUGAGAUUACUUGGGGAUGCCUCUGCCUCCUUUGAAAAGAAUUGUGUCAGAGGAAUUCAAGCCAAUAGAGAAAGAAUUUCUAAAUUGUUACACGAGUCUCUAAUGCUGGUUACAUCUCUGAAUCCAAAAAUUGGCUACGAUAAUGCCGCAUUAGUUGCCAAGACAGCUCACAAGGAGGGAAGUACAUUGAAGGAGGCUGCUCUGAAACUUGGCGUACUCAAUUCCGAAGAAUUUGAUAGCCUCGUAGUGCCAGAAAAGAUGAUUGGCCCCUCGGACUAAAUGGAUCUGGCAGAGCUUAGAAUUUCAAGAGAAAUCCCGACAGAAGUCGGCAUUUGGACGUGGAAUAUAUUAGGUGGUUCAUUUAUUGGAAAAAACAUUUUUGGGGUUUUCUCAGCUGUUGGUUUUGGUUUUAAUUCUCCAGACUAUUGGUUAUAGGCGAGAAAGCCUCCCAUUGUUGUAACUGCUGCGUCUAGAAUAAAUACGCAUGAGAGAGUUAAGAACUAAUUCUACUUGUCCCAGAAAGAAUGAGAUUAAUUAGGCAAAUGCUGUUCAAUGAAGCAGCAAGAAUAAAGUAGUCAGUAUUUUCUUUGC